AUGGUUAAAAUAAGAAAAUUUGCCUAAUUGUUGAUAAUUUCUCUAUUACUUGGAUUGAUUUCAGCUAACAUCAGCAUUCCUUUGAAAAUUAAUGAAAAACAUGGCAUUUAUAUGACAGUGAAGUAUGGUCAAAACAAAUGUUAGAUUGAUUUAGUACCUCAAAUAGACUGUGUAUAAAGUACUAUUGUUCAACCUUAUGGAACUCUAGAUGAAUGUGGAGCUAACUUUAUUGAUAAAAUAGAUUAUUACACUAAAAAAUAUGAAGCUUAGUUCUAUUUUGGUGCCAAAUAAUCAAAUAUUAGUUUCUAAGUUCCUUCAAUUGGGGUUGAUGUGGAGUAUGGCACUAAGGAGCUUUGCUUUAGUCCCCUGUUUAGUGAUAGAUAUUCUAAUGCCCUUGCCGAAAUUUUCGAACAAGGAUUGAUAACUGAAGAAAGAGUCUACAUAAGCUUAAAUAAAAAGUAGACAGAUGAUGGCUAUGCUGGAUAACUUGAUAUCGGUAUUCCUGACUUAUCUAAGACUAAGAAUCAGAUAGUUGAUCUAUAAGUUUCUCGUCUAUAUAAAAGAUACUAUUCUGCCCUUACGAAUAGCUUUUCUUAUGGUAAAAAAGAGUUAUUCACAGCCCAUACUGUUCUUUUCACUAUUGAUACACCCGCUCUAACAGUAUCACUCUCAACAUUUAUUGAUAUGCUUGAUUAAUUUACCUAACAAGGAAUUCUUUUCAAUUUUUCAUUUAAUUCAGGUAAAAGACCCAUACUCUAUUCUAUUGAUUUACUUGAAGAUAUUACAGUAGGACUUUUAGCAUAAGAUGGUUCAGUCUUUAAUGUUACUAUAACACCAGAAUAAUAUACUGAACCUUUAGGAAAUGAACAAUAUGAAUUAUUAAUAUCAUAUAGAGAUGAUUAAGACGGUAAUAUGACAUUUGGUUAUAGAAUAUUUUAAUCUUACUAUAUUGGUUUUGAUAUGUCCUAAUCAUAGGUUCUUAUCAGCGAAAAAAAUUAUUAGUAGAACAGCCAAGCUUGA